UGAACAUGCAACACACUAAAUGUCGGGCAAUGCAGCUAGAGAGACCCUAGGAGUCCUAGAGAGUCCGGCCGCACACUGCCGAUCGAAUGAAGGGAAAGUGGUUUGAAAGCGCUCCUUGUGUCCAGGCGGACGAACCUCCCUCUAUCCACCGGCCAGUUGUGUUCCCAAAAGGCGCGGACGUUGGAUGUUAUUGGAGCUGAUUGAAGAGACCUGAAUUUCCCAACAAAUCAUCUCGGUCCACUGCACCACAGCAGAUUGCUCCCUUUGUUUGUUACAUUACAGCCCAAAAGUGCAAAGCAGUCGCGCGCAGCUGGUUCUUUGGGUCGCAUUCGAUCUUUCUAAAUUUUUUCAGCAUCAAUGCUGCAGCCCGAGGGGCCGGCCCCCAGCCUAGAUGAGGCGGCAGCCAAAUUGGCGGAGGCGCAGGCCAUUCUGCAGAGCAGCACAGCGUCUUUGCCUCUGGUAUGCUUGGGGGAUGCCAUAGACUUGGGGGCCGAUGCAGAGGGCGGUGUCAUGAAGGGGCACGGAACGAUGAUGGCGGGGGAGGCGCAGCUGCAGGCGACAGUGUGCGGGUUGGUGGAGCGGGUGAACAAGCUGGUGUCUGUCAGGGCCCUCAAGGGACGCUACACAGCGCAGGUGGGUGAUGUGGUGGUGGGGAGGGUCACGGAGGUGGCCCAGAAGCGGUGGAAGAUGGACGUCAACGGGAAGCAGGACGCCGCGCUUCUGCUCGCGUCUGUGAACCUGCCUGGCGGGGUUCAGAGGCGGCGCACCAACGUGGACGAGCUGAACAUGCGGGAGCUGUACCAGGAAAACGACCUCAUCAGCGCCGAGGUCCAGCAGAUCAACCAAGGGGACGGCGCUGUUGCGCUCCACACCCGAAGCGCCAAGUAUGGAAAACUCCAGGGGGGGCAACUCGUUACUGUCGCACCAUAUCUUAUCAAGCGUCUGAAGCAGCAUUUUGUGGCUCUGGCGGCCCCCCUGGACGUGGGGAUCAUUCUUGGGUGCAACGGGUACGUUUGGAUCGGGUCGAAAGACUUGGUUGAUGCGGGGGGGCGGGACGAAGACGAAGGUAUGGAGGCGGCGGGCCCGAGCGGGCAGGUAGAUUUGCAGCUGAGGGAGAGGAUGUGUCGGGUAGCAAACGCGGUGCGGGCGCUGGCUGCCCUAGGGUUGCCCGUUCACCCCCCUGCGAUAGUGGAGGUGUGCAACUUGAGUGGGCUGUUGAGAGUGGAGAUCAAGGACAUGCUGGGGCCCGAGUUUCUGGCGCAGGUGGCGUACAGGGAAGCGGACAGGAGGCAGGCCGAGGGGGACGCACAGCCGAUGGAUCACUAGGGCAGAGAUUAGUGAGUAAGUUGGUUGGCUGCUAAGCUCGUGCAUGUCGGAGCUUGGAUGUUCUGGGAAUACGUCAGAAAGUCUUGUAGUUCGACAUGCUACCUUUUGGCUGUAUAGCUGGUGAAGAAGUCGUGACGAGCUUGCACCAUAGCAGGCUUGCUAUUUCAUACUCGGCUCAGUGCGGUCCAAUCAGUCCAUAGACAUGAUCAUGUACG